UCUCACCCCCGUCUCCCACAGGCGCUGGGCUCCCGGGGCCACGUGUGCGCGGAGGUGGAGUCGCAGACGCGCCGCCGGGUCCAGGCCAUGCAGGGGGGCCAGGCCCAGGGCAAGGAGCGGGUCCUGCGCCAGCUGCUGCGCCUGGUGUGCGCCCCCCACCCCCAGCUGCACCCCAACUACCGCCAGGGCGCCUAGGACUGCCCCGGCUCCGCCCCCUGCAACCAGCCCCGCCCCUAGCUCCGCCCCCUGCCUGCCGGCUCCGCCCCCUGCCCCCGAGCUCCUGCCCCCUGGCUCCCGGCUGCAUACCAGCCCCGCCCCCGGCCUGCCAGCUCCGCCCCCUCGCCCCCAGCUGCACCCCAACUACCGCCUGGGCGCCUAGGACUGCCCCGGCUCCGCCCCCUGCAACCAGCCCCGCCCCUAGCUCCGCCCCCUGCCUGCCGGC